AUGACAAACCGGGUCGAACUAGCAUCUGUGGAGGAUGUGUCGGAAGAAAGCAACGACACGAUCUCGGAUACUCGAAGAAUAGCAUCGAAUCUCGCGAGACUAACCGCAGAUCGAAAGAGGACACUUGACGUCCUCGGUCGUAGCAAGACAAAGAGCGGUAUAGCUGCAGUUACGUGUCAUUCUGGCGACCCUACUCCUCUAGUCGAAGCAAUCCAAAAGUACGAGGACCGCCUUAGAAGCAACGAAACUACUACGUUCAUUGAACGCGACAACUUCAUGACAGCCGAAGAUGCAGAACAUAGGGACCCAAAUAUCUGGAUCGAGCUGAGGACCUUCAAAUCCGGAAGAGAAACGAUUAAGCCGCCCCAGCUGUUCUACCUCGGGAGGCUGGUUGUCUUUAAAGGCUACGGUAACCAAAUACCGAGCGUCGGGAAACUCCUAGAUCUGCAUUUCACGGCUCCAGUGGCCGCGAUAUAUUACGGGCACGACAGUCAAUUUGGCCUUCGUCCCAGUAGGAUGAACCUCAAGACUGGGAAGGGAAUAACGUACAACUUGACGGAGAUGUAG